AUGAACCCCUACAUCCUGGCUACCUUGCUGUUCUCACUCGGUCUUGGCACCACCCUCACCUUCGCUAGCUCACAUUGACUGCUCGCUUGAAUGGGACUAGAAAUUAAUACUCUUGCAAUUAUCCCCUUAAUAGCCCAACACAAUCAUCCCCGAGCUAUUGAAGCCACCACCAAAUACUUUCUAACUCAAGCCACCGCUGCCGCCAUAUUGUUAUUUGCAAGUCUUACCAACGCUUGACUAACCGGCCAGUGAGAUAUUCAACUUAUAUACCACCCACUCCCAACCACCCUGGCCUCUAUUGCUCUCGCCUUAAAAAUCGGCCUCGCCCCCCUUCAUGCCUGACUACCAGAAGUUCUUCAAGGAUUAGACCUUAUUACAGGGUUAAUUUUGUCAACCUGACAGAAACUUGCCCCCCUCGCUCUUCUUUUACAACUUCAACCUACAAACUCCUCACUACUUAUCAUUUUAGGUUUAACCUCCACCCUUGUAGGAGGAUGAGGGGGCUUAAACCAAACCCAGCUACGAAAAAUCUUAGCAUAUUCCUCCAUCGCCCAUCUCGGCUGAAUAGUCCUAGUCCUCCAGUUCGCCCCCUCCCUGACCCUUCUAACCCUAAUUACUUAUCUAGUAAUAACACUUUCAACAUUCCUCACUUUCAACCUAAAUAAAGCCACAAACAUUAACACCCUCGCCGCCUCUUGAGCAAAAACCCCUGUAAUCACUUCCCUCGCCCCCCUUAUACUUCUCUCCCUGGCAGGACUGCCCCCACUCACCGGCUUCAUGCCUAAAUGAUUAAUCCUACAAGAACUAACUAAACAAGACCUUGCCCCCACAGCAACACUAGCCGCAUUAAGUGCUUUACUUAGCCUAUACUUUUACCUCCGCCUAUCAUAUGCAAUAACCCUGACAAUAUCCCCCAACAACCUGACAGGAAUAAUCCCCUGACGACUAUCCUCUGCACAGUACUCUCUCCCACUAGCCAUUUCAAUAGUUAUUACUCUAACCUUACUUCCCCUAACCCCCCCUCUAACAGCCUUAUUUACUCUUU